ACUAUGAGUCGCAUUGGAGCACUCUGGCUAGCUUCAUCUAAGUAUCUCGUAAGUUUUUACUUCAAUCAUCUCGCGAGACAUCGCAAAAUGGGGUUGAAUGUGUUUAUACCAUCUGUCACGACUGCCUCUCUGGCGACAGCAUCGCUGAUAUGCUUCACCAACCGCAACUCCAUCUGGCGUCUGGGAGCUGUGCCCCUGGUUGCGCUGAUGGCAUACUAUGCUUGGGAGGCAUUAGACUUUUUUGACAACAACCAGCUCUUCAAUCCCAUGCAGGCGGGGUUCAUGAUGGCAUUUGCAAUCUACUACGUUGUGCUCCUGACCAUUGUCCGACUUGAUGACAAGGAUAUUCGACGAGAAAUAGCUCAGCACACCAAGCAGACAGAAAGCGACAUUUCCUGGCGCCAACGGUUCUCGUGGACGUUGUAUGUUUUGACUUCUCUGCGGGCCGUCGACACGUCUUACGAGAUCAAGCGCCUUGACCGGCCCAAAGGCCCAGCUUCGCAAUCGCGGGUGCGGUUCCUGGCGGAAAAUCUGAUGAUCGUCAUCGGGCAGUACUUGGUCCUUGACUUCUUCACUAGCAACCCGACGCCCGAAGAUGUAAAAGAGCGUCUUUUUGCGCCAGGGAGAGAGUACUUGAUAUUCAGGCCAAAACACUUGCCGCCACCUACAUCGGAGGAAGUUGUUGUUCAUCUAAUGAUUGCGCUCUUGUGCUGGGGCCCUAUGGGCAGGUGGUUCAUUGACGUCCAGUACCGAACAGCAGCAAUACUGUCGGUGGGCUUAGGCAUCAGCAGGCCAGAUCAAUGGCCACCCAUGUUUGGGUCCAUCUUUGAAACGUAUACGCUUCGUAGAUUCUGGGGACGAUCGUGGCAACAGCUGUUCCGAUUGAGUUUCCAAAGUAUCGGGGAUUUUCUGUGCAAGGGAGUCUUACGGUUGCCACCUCGAUCGAUGGUCGCACGUUAUCUGAGCACAGUCGCCAUCUUUGCCAUCUCGGCUUUUCUCCAUGCGGCAAUGGACGCAAAGUCAGGCAUUGGGCUUGACAAGACGGGUACUGUACGCUGCUUCAUGCUCCAACCUGUGGGGAUUGUCAUGGAAGAUGCCGCACUCGCGGUUUAUCGCCGCGUGUCUGGUAAGGCGCAAGAACCAAGAACCUGGCACAGACUUGUAGGGUAUGUCUGGGUUUGGACAUUUUUGGCGCUGGUUGCCCCUCUUUACAACAUGCCCCUAUUCUGGUAUCAGGAUGCGUCCAAGGCCAGAGUCCCCUUUCCUGUAGUGGGACGCUUACUGCAAUUCCUCAGUGCGUCAAGGGGGUGAACUUUUCGGUGGGCUUGGCGAAGACGACUUUGGACACGCAGAUGGAGGCGGCUCAUCGCCCGUCGGGAAGUUAGCACCCUGAGACGGUGUGCGGUGGAGAGGAGGGUAACAGAGUGAUGGAGUUCGGCCGUUACCAAUAAAAGACAAAUCAUCACUCAUUAGGUAGACACCAGCUUCCGCACUAAGUGGUGUCGCAUUCUUUACGAGUAGUAUAGAUACUAUCCAGAUUUAUUAGCAAUCACCAAACAAAAGCUGCUGAGAAUAGACAAGGCAACGGAGGCGCCCGCACAGGAUGCAGGACCAUCACAAGUGCGAUUGACUAGGCUUAUUGGAAGGCUUUGCUUUAGUCACGAGGUUCCGAGUGCUCUGUCCAUACUGUCCGAUUGAAUGCUAUCCGUGGGUGCAGCUGGUGCUUCCUCAUCUACUCCAGUUAUAUCAUCUAUAGCAUCGGUAUCUUUUUUGUCGUUGGUAGCUCUAUCUAUUUACUUG